AUGGCUGAUCGGAAGAGGGAGCACAAGGUAGUGACUCGGUGCGGGUGUCCUGUGGAGAUGCGUAUUAAGCCUAAAGGGGAUAGUGGGAGAUGGUUUGUGUCUUUUUUUGUGGAGGAACAUAACCAUGAGCUCCUGCCUAUGAAGUAUGUGGACUAUCUACCUGCACACCGUAAGAUAUCUGAUGUUGAUAUUGCACACAUGAAGAGCAUGAGGCAAGUUGGGAUAUCAAUUCCAAAGAUCUAUGAGUCCAUUGCUGCACAGGCGGGAGGUUUUAAUUUGGUUCCGUUUACAAAGCGAGAUAUGUACAACGAGAUUAGGCGACAAAGGGCGAUGCAGAAUGGUGACGUGAAUGCUGCGUUGAGGGUUUUGGAGGGUGCGGCCCGGACGGACGAGAAAUUGUAUUGGAGGUACGAGGUUGGUGAGGGGCAGCACAUGUGCGAUCUAUUUUGGAGUGAUGGGCGAAGCCAGGAUGAUUAUAAAGUAUUUGGAGAUGUACUAGCAUUCGAUGCAACUUACGGGCGGAACAAGUACAAUCUGCCAGUAAUUGUUUUUUCUGGGGUUAAUCAUCACAACCAGACCUGCGUGUUUGCAACUGCGAUGGUUUCAUGCGAGUCAAUUGCAUCAUAUGUAUGGGUUUUAAGAAAUUUACUGCAAUGCAUGGGGGGUAAAGCACCAACAGCGGUGAUAACUGAUGGCGAUCGAUCAAUGCGCGUAGCUAUUCAGGAAGUGUUUCCAAAUGCUCACCAUCGCUUAUGCGCUUGGCACCUUUUGAAGAAUGCAACGGUUAACGUGUGUAAACCCCGAUUCACAUCGUUGUUUAGACAUUGCAUGCUUGCUGAUGUUGAGGUUGGGGAGUUUGAGUUGCUUUGGGAUGCCAUGCUGGAGGAGUGUGGGGUUAGGGAGUUAGAGUGGGUCAAGGACGUAUACGAGAAGAAGUCUUCAUGGGCAACUGCUUACAUACGGGGCAGGUUUUAUGCUGGGCUCCGCACAACAUCUCGGUGCGAGUCAUUGCACGCAAAGUUAGGGAGAUUUGUGGAAAGGCGAUACGGCAUACUUGAGUUUGUAACCAAUUUUCAACGAUGUGUGGACUUCCUGAGGGACAAUGAGGAAGAGCUUGACUUCCGAUCAUCGUACGGGACACCGGUGCUUCAAACACAGUUCCCGGAGUUAGAAAAGUCAGGAGCAAUAAACUUCACAAGGGAAAUAUUCUCAAGAUAUCGUGAGUCACUUAAAAGGUGUGUUCGGAUCACCAUAUUGGAGUGCAUCGAGCGUGACGAUAGGUGUGUGUAUGUAACACAGAAGUAUAGAAGACCGAAUUCACGGUGGGAUGUGGUUCAUAUGAAAGGGAAAGAGGAGUUUCUUUGCAGUUGCCUGAGGAUGGAGUCAUUUGGUUUGCCAUGUGUUCACAUUCUAGCAGUUUUGGUUAGGUUAGAUAUUGAUUCCCUUCCUAAGAGUCUUGUGUUGGCGCGGUGGUCCAAAGCAGCGAAGGAAGAUCUUUGUUACGAACCGUUAAGCAGCCGAUAUGGUGAUGCGGGUGUUUUGUAUCGGAGUAGAGUGGGUGCAUUCCUCCAGCACUGCAAGCGGUUAGCAAAAGUAGCAUGUAUUAGGGAGGAGGACUUUAGGCAAUAUUUAGCUAAGGUUGUAGAGGAUACAUGUUGGCUUGAAAAAAAAAAUGGACUAGGAGGUGCAGUUGCUGGGAAUGGAGCUGGCAACAGUGGGGGAGGGGUUAGGGAUCCUAUUAGUGUCAAGACGAAAGGCACAGGACGUGGUAAUGAACCUCUUGGGUGUAGGGGUAUCAAGCGGCGUAAGUGCAGCACAUGCGGUUGUGUUGGUCAUCGAAGGACCCGGUGUCCCAAUGCUCCACCGACAUCAGCACCCUCAACCCAGGGCGAGGGGUCCGUAAAGGUAGGAAGAAGGGAGAAUUGUGUUGAUGAUCCUUGUAGCGGUUUCGACGUAUUAAUUGGUGGGUAUUCGCAAGUUCUCAUUCAGCGUGGGUUGCUAAUGGUGCAAGUAUGUGUUAUUGGUCAUGCUGAUGUGUUGGGAUGGAUAUCAAAUGUGCUAGACAUUUUGGAGUCAUGUUUUAAGGGAACUGUUUCAGCACAAGGUCAUGAUUUGCAUCAUCUCCAAGAGAGCGUGUUAAAGACAAAGCAGGUUUAG